AUGUCUUCGCACAAAAAGAUAAUUAAUACCACCAAGACGUCCGACCGACGGGCCGCUGCCGGCACCAAGGCCACGCGGUACCUUCACACAAACCAGGAACUGAAUAUUGCCGACGACAGGAAAAUCAACAACUCGCUCCAGUUGCUUCAGGACAUUAAGCAGUCCUCCAAGUCCGAUUGGGACCCUUCGCAUUUCCGACUUUUUGUGGGCAAUCUCGGCCAGGACGUUGAUGAGGAGCUUCUGCUGCGCUCGUUAAUAAAGUAUCCCUCGGUAUCGAAAGUGCAAGUUCCCAAAGACCACAAGAAGGGCGAAAAUAAAGGGUACGGGUUCGUCUCGUUCAGCGAUCCAGACGACUAUCUACGGUGCUUCAAGGAGAUGAACGGUAAAUACAUUGGGUCGAAGCCGGUCGAGCUGAAGAAGGCAAAAAGCAAGGAGCCGGCAACAAAGAAAAAUAGGAAAAGAUGA